AUGAGCCUGCCCACCCGCACACACGCGGUCCGCCGACUCGCCCUCGUCUCGCUCGUCGCCUCGACCCUCCUCGGCGUUCACGCUCACGAGCAUCACGACGUCGAUGUCGGCCCGUACGAGCACAACUUUGUCAACGAGGAGCCCCUCGACUCGGUCAUCAAGUGGCACAUCGCGAUCCAGGUCUUCUGCUGGGGCAUCCUCUUUCCUGCAGGCAUGGUCCUCGGCAUCACCCGCUCGCGCUUCCACGCCCCGCUCCAGUCGCUCGGCGUCGUCCUGAGCCUCGCCGCCAACUACCUCGGCCACCACCACGCCGGGCGCGACUUCCACACGACAGCCCACUCGCACUUUGCCGGUUACCUGUGGUGGUACCUCGCGUCGCAGACGCUCAUGGGCAUCUUCCUCAAGCUGCACGUCCUCGAGGGCUCGCUCGCCAGGCGCGUCGUCGUCAAGGCGCACGGCAUCGUCGGCAAGAGCUUCCCCGUCUUUGGCUGGACGCAGAUGAUCUUUGGCGGUAUCGCAGCACUAGGCUUCUGCUUCGGCGAGCACGUCGGGCAGUGCGCAGCGCACUUUAUCAUGGGCUCUGCCUUCAUCGCGUACGGCGUCAUCCUCGUCCUCAUGAUGCGCCUCGGCGCCGGCUUCCUCCUGCGCCACAACAUGUCGCAAGAGUACAUGGACUCGUGGGUGCUCAUGCUGUGGGGCAUCGUCAAUACCUUUACGGAACACGACUUCCUCAGGGGCUACUCGUCGUCCUGGUCGCACAAGGACAUGCAGCACGUCUCGCUCGGGGUCCUGUGGUGGGCCGGCGGGGCUCUUGGCAUCUGGCUCGGCCGCAAUCACAAGCGCAACAUCAUCCCAGGCCUGCUCAUUUCCCUGACGGGCUACGCCAUGGCCAAUCACGGCCAGCACCUCGAGUUCUCGACCAACGUGCACAAGUUCUUCGGCUGGUGCCUCAUGGCGGCCGGCGUGUGCCGCAUCAUCGAGAUCUGCUUCGUCCUCGGCGACGCCCCGACGCCGGCCCUCGACGACGCCGUCGCCGGUCGGCCGAAAGCGUUCCAGCACUUGACGCCGUUCCUGCUCGUCCUGAGCGGCAUCACGUUCCUGAGCGCGACCGAGGAGCAGAUGCAGUGGGUCGCCGGCUCGGGCAUGGACUCAACGACGUACGGCAACAUCCUCCUCAGCGGCGCCUUCGUCAUCUACCUCGCGUGCACGGUCCUGUUCGACCUGUACGAGUUCCAGACGCGCCACCGCUCGACCGCAUCCGCGAUCGGCCUCGCGCCGUCCUCCUCGUCGGACUCGGACGUCGAAGGCGGCAGCUCGAGGCGGCACAUCGGCGGCGGCGGCGGGCGCGGCUCGAGCGCGCUUGCAGCGCUCGUCGCGCCGUUGGUCGCGCUCGUGCGCGGCGGCGAGCGGGACGGCGGGCGCGAGGCGCGAGCCGAACCGGCGCCGUACGAGUCGCUGCCGGUGCGCACGCCGGCGACGAGCGGCCGGCGCGACAGCACGGGCGGGUUCGAGCUCGAGGAGCGCGACGGGUCGCUCGGCAGCGGGAGCAGCCGGGAGCGGGCGAGGCGAGGCGACGGGGCGGCGAGCGGCAGUCAGGAGACGGUGUUCAGCCUCGCGGACGAGGUCGACGGCGAGGAGGAGGACGACGGGAGCGACGCGUACUGGGCGAGGGAGGAGAAGGCGCAGAGGUCGAGUCGGAGGUUGUGA